AUGGCAAAUAGAAGCCACUACGAUUCCUUUCUGGAUCGAAGUAAACGCAUCAUGUGGCAGGACGACUGUUAUAUGGACCUCCAGUCUUCAAGCAGCUCUCCGGUCGCCCAGACGGACACCGAGGACAGUGUUUGGAUACAGCAGCACCAGCAGCAGUUCUGUCGCUUCAGCACUGGUCCUUUCCUGCAGCAGAUGAUAACCCACUUGAAGAGCAUGAAUGUGCUGAGUCCGUGUGAAGAGGCGAGGAUUCAGAGAGCAGCUCAGCUCGCAGACCAGGUGACCGCGCUCAUCUCUGUUCUCCUGUCGGGGAAGAGCUCCUCUGGCUUCAGCGUGAUGCGCCACUUUGUGGAGAAGUCGGACUCCCUGGAGGCCCAGCUCAUCAUCAAACACGACGUGUCGGUGCAGGAGCACAAAGACGUGCUCCUGAGGCGCUGUGGAGAACACAGAGACAAAGUGAACAUGUCGCACUUGUGUUUGCUGCUGGUGGAGGAGCAGUCUGAUCUGCAGCAGAAAGAGCAUGACCUGAUGCAGGUGCAGGCCACACAUGGAAACCAGAGGAGGCUUCAGAAAGAGCUGAGCCUCUCUACUCUUCUGGAACCACUGACUCAGGCCAGCACCUCGCCCCGACUGUCGCUCACCAUUGGGGUGGCUGGGGUUGGAAAGACCACCUGGAUCAGGCACUUGGUCAGAAUGUGGAGCCGAGGAGCCAUUUGUCCCGACAUAAGCUUUGUGCUGCCUUUCAGCUGCUGCGAGCUGAAUUCCCUGGAGAAAGUGUCUGUUGAGAAACUCCUGAAGAUGGCCUUCCCUCACCUCCCUGAGGCCAUAGUACUGAGCAGCUCCUGCAGGAGUCUGCUCAUCCUGGACGGCUUGGACCACUUCAGAAGCACAUUGAAUUUCACUGAGACAGAUGCCUGCAGUGAUCCAAAGAAAGAGGUGUCUAUGGCUAUUUGCUGGAUAGUGGCAGAUACUCUAAAGUUUAUCAUACAAAGCAACCAAGGUUCUCAGCCCAAUCUCCCGAGGACGUGCACGGAGCUGUUUGCCCAUUUCUGCCUGAUGAAGGCAGAGAUCGGAGAACCACGAGGCAGAGAGUCGGUAAAGAGCGAGCUGCUCCAUAUGAGUAACCGUAAACUGAUGUGGAGUCUGGCACGCCUGGCUUUUAACGCCCUUGUUAGACACAAGUACAGCUUCAGUGAGCAGGAGCUCAGGGCCUAUGGCAUUGACCAGGCUCUGCAGCAGUGCAGUCUGGGAAGGGCAGUUCUUAAGCACGAAGAGUCUCUCAUUUCCACUGUGUACCGUUUCACUCAUUUGUGCAUACAGGAAUUUUUUGCUGCUGUCUACUAUUAUGUUUCUUCAAAGCGGGCCAUCUUUGACCUGUUCUCUGAAAGUACUGUGUCGUGGCCUAAAAUUGGCUUCCAGAACCACUUCAGAAAUUCUUUUCACUACUCCCAGAAAGACGACAGUGGUCACUUUGAUGUUUUUGUUCGUUUUCUCUCUGGUCUUCUUAACCCUAAUGCCCUGACGCCACUGUCUGCUCUUGUGGCUCUGUGGAAAGACGACGGCAGCCAGAAGGCCUGGGCCGCGGGCUUCAUCCACAGUCUACUGUCUGACAGUGGCCCCCUGGUGUCCCUGCGCUCUGUGAACCUGGCCUACUGUCUCUAUGAACUACAGCACAUGGAGCUGCUGCGGAGCGUGGAGGAGGAUCUGCGCCAGGGAAGCCUCUCUGUGAAGAUGUGCAGAGCUCAAUGUGUGGUGCUCAGCUUCCUGCUGCACGUGUCUCCUGAGUGCAGCCUCCAGACCAACCUCAGCCACUGCCUCAACUACAGCAGCGUGAAGAGCCUGCUGCCUCAGCUGCUCUACUGCAACCAUCUACGGUUAGAGAACAAUCAGUUUAAAGAUGACGUUAUGGAACUUUUGGGUAGUCUGCUGAGUGCGAAAGACUGCCACAUCAGAAAACUUAGCUUAGCCGACAACUCCAUCACCAACAAAGGAGUUAAAGCCAUCAGUCGAGCUCUUCUGGUCAACCGAACUCUAACAUCUCUCAAUCUCAGAAGCAAUAACAUCGGCUCCAAAGGUGUGAAGUUCCUGGCUGAGGCCCUGAAAACAAACCAAGCCCUGGUGUCCGUGAACCUCCAAAAUAACGGAAUAGACAAGGAGGGGGCUCAUGCGGCGGCCGAGGUGUUGAAGUGUAAUCGAAACCUGGUCUAUCUAAAUCUGAAGAAAAACUUGAUCGGUGCAGAGGGAGUGAAGAACAUUGCGGAGGCACUGAAGACAAACCGAAGCCUGAAAACACUAGUUCUUUGUAGCAACCAAGUCGGCGAUAAAGGGACAGCAGCUCUGGCAGAGGCAUUACGAGCGAACCACACUCUGCUCUCUCUACAACUUCAGUGUAAUUCCAUCAGUAACAAAGGAACAGCGGCUCUAACCGAGGCUCUGAGGCUGAACCACGGCCUCCUGUCCCUGAAUCUGAGGGAGAACUCUAUCGGCGUAAACGGAGCUCAGAACAUGGCCAAGGCGCUCUAUAAGAACAGGACGCUGCAGGAGCUCGACCUCACUGCAAACCUGCUGCACGAUGAAGGUGUUCAGGCCAUCGCUGGUGCCAUCAAGUUCAAUCAGUCUCUCCGGUCGCUGCAUCUCCAGUGGAACUUUAUCAAAUCUGCUGCAACCAAGGCCCUGGCUCAGGCGCUGCUCCACAACACAGCGCUGCAGCUUCUAGAUCUACAAGAAAAUGCUAUUGGAAAUGAAGGUAUCGCAUCUCUCGCUGAAGCCUUGAAAAGCAAUGCAAGUCUGCAGACAUUAUGUCUACAGGGCGUGUCUGCGGGAACUGCAGGGGUUGUUGCACUGGCAGAGUCACUAACAACCAACCAGUCACUUCAAUCACUCGACCUGCGAGGAAACGCUGUGGGCAUUGAAGGGGCAAAGGCUUUAGCUAAUGCUCUGAAAACCAAUCGAACUCUGAAAUCUUUGAAUAUGCAGGAGAACUCUCUGGGCAUGGACGGGGCCAUAUUCCUCGCAACAGCUUUGAAAGGAAACACCCAACUGUCCUACUUAAACCUCCAGGGGAACGGAGUCGGACAGUCUGGUGCAAAAGUUAUAUCUGACGCGAUAAAGAACAGCGCGCCCGGAUGCGACGUACACAUCUGA